CACUAUUCCAACUCAGAGUAGUGAUGCAAACCGCACGGAUAGUGUAAACAUGUUUUUAAUCAUUUUGGAAUUAUUACUGAUAGUGGAUGACAAUUCGACAGUAAAAUAAAUAUACAAAAGACAAAUAACCCCCUAGAGAGAAAAAAAAAUGGACGACGAAGAAAAGCCGUCGGAUAUAGUCGUCAUCGUUCGGUGUGUGAUUGUCGUUGUCGCAGCUGUCGUCUGCUUGCUGGGAAACGCCAUGGUAUUGGGAACGCUCGUGUUCGUCAAGUAUCCCAAGAUUCCGGUGUUCGUCGUCAUAGGGUGCUUAGCUCUAGCGGACACCUUGCGUGUACUGUCAGAAGUACCCUUUCACGUCAUCAAAUGGACGAACAAUGGUGAUAUAAUGACCACCACCUAUUGUAAGGCUAUCGUGUACCUUAGCGAAGUGGGUACGUUCGCUGCAGCGUUCAGUGUUGCGUUGCUGAGCAUCGCACGGCUACUGUUGCUCACCGAUAGGGGACAGUCGAGGAAGUUCGUCAAUCGAACAUAUGCUGCCUGCAUUACAAUCUGGAUAGUGACUCUCCUUACAAAUAUUCCAAGUAUAAUUUCAUCGACAAAAGACGAAUUCUCGCACGAGUGCGUAGAUGAAAACUCAGAUAUAGGAGUUAGUAAUGAAGUGCGUCUCUGGCUGCAAGUGACUUUCUCAUUAUUUUUCCAGCUCAUUUUGAUUCUCGCUAUCUACCUCCUGACCUAUUUUCUGUCCAAAAAGUACUUUUCUGAAAGCUACUCUCGGAAAGAGAGGCGCCUGUCCAUGAUGAUCAACAUUAUCAUUGUGACGUUUGCCGUAUUCAAGAUACCGUACAUCGUCGUGAAAUUGUACGAAUUUUACACAAGCAGGAAAGUGAAGGAGCUGAUGAGGAAGUUCACGUUCGGUGAAAUGACUGCAGAUGAAUUUCAUGAGAACUCAGACAUCAUUAACUUCGUGAAAGUGGAUGAAAUUAGCCGAAUCACUGAAUGUGUGGGGCUUAUAGACUUGGCAAUUCGGCCAUUUGUGUACUACAAACUCUCCUAUUACUUUAGUAAUAGCUUUGAUAAAGUCAUUAACUGUAAUAAGCAUAACCGUAGUGAUAACAGCAUUAGGGUGGUCGCGCGCAGGCGCCGUAACGACACCGAGAAUACCACGUGCACAACAAUCACCAUAGAUACUGUGCGAACCCCGCUCAAUGAUGACGUCAGUGAAGGCGGAAGCUCGGACAACGGCAGUAUUAUCGGAAGUCAACUAGAGGGCAGCAUUACUGAGUACCGCCUAGUUGGCAGCGCUUUAAACGACGAAUAUUUCGAUGGCAGCUUCUGUGAAAAUCUUUACGACAUGGACACGUGUACGCAAAAGCGGAAGUUCGGUGGAAGCUUUUGCGACAAUGACGUCAGAGUGCACGAGACCGAUUUUCUGUGCGACGAUGCAAGACGAGUUUCAAGUGCUUUAGUGCUGUCCACACAGAGACAAGAAGGUUCGGAGAGCAGCCAAUCGUCGAGUAGUACGUCACAGCCUCUUUGUCAUUCGUCAGAGCGAGCUGUUUUUGAGAUUUGAACACAUUAAAUAUACCUCACGAUGUACGUAGAUGCGGCGAGCGUGACAGGCUUAAUGGUAGUGACAUGCUGACAGUCUCUCACAGUGUUUGUCACGGACAAUAGUUGAUGGGUCAGUGCUUUCGUCACUUGGGGUUUUGACAAUGAUGAUUCACUCGUGCGUGCGCAGGGAACUAUCCUUGAUUGUGGUAGCAAGAAGAUAUCCAUGCCAAAAUGUAGCUUUAGUAUGCAGCGUAAAUUAGAACUCUUGACGUAUUACUAUCUUGAAUAUAUAUGAAUUCCUACUUUAACUAUAAUUAUUUUUGGCUUUUUUUUUAAUGUUUCUUUUUUAAUUUUAGAAGUUUGAUACCAGAUAUGGUAGUUACUACCAAACAAAGCUUAAUUAAAAUAUUCAGAAGAAUAUUCCUUUUACAAUAUUAAAAAAAAAUCGAAUUAGAAACUUAAACAUGCCAAAUAAAUUUAGAUCACGCACUUUUUUUCGGAAAGCAUUGACACGUUUCUUUUUUCAUUUAUGAAAGUGAAAGAAGUAAGGAAACAUGCAUGAGCAUUAGAAAAUAUAUUAGGAGGAACAGACGAAGUAGGACUUGUACGACAGGUGAUUAAUGAUAUAAUUAUGAUGUUUGUUUACGGGUAUUUCUACAAACAGUACAUGUAUAUAGCUGUUCAUAGUGGCAUGAAAACGGAAGCUGUAGAUAGAUAAAGACUAUGCUGUACCUAUAUCCUUAAGAUAUUUGAUUGCAUUUAUUUUAGAAAGAAAUCGCUAUAUUCAUAUUGUAUUAUAAUUUAUUAUUUGAUAUUACAUAAUCAUGUACAUGUAUGUUAAAUGUAAUAUGUGUGUGUAGGAGAGAGAGAAAGAGAGAGAGAGAGAGAGAGAUUUUCCAAAGCUGUUUAGAAAAUGUUAAAAGGUAAUUGAGAAAUUUUAUGGAACCCUGUUCGAAAUAUUAGAUGAAACGUGCGACUUUAAGUUUUUGAAGUUUGAAAUACCAUUCAUUGCAUGAAACCUGUACUAGUGCUAAGUGUCCGGUCAUACCACAUUUUUAGUUUUUAUUUCUUAUUUUUUUUCAAAUCGUGACCGGGGCUAAAAAAAAAAAGCGACACAAUCCUUAUCAUAUCAAAUGAUUUUUUUAAAAAUCCUUUAAAUAUUGAAAUUGUUAAAAAAAAAAAAACCAUUUAUUGUGGUGGGUAGUUUUUUUUUCGAUUGAGGAAGACUGUUAUUCUGUAAAAAAGAUUUUUGUUCACGAUAAAAGUGAAGUCGACGCUUUGCUUCCAUUUUAAUGUUUAAUGCUUGAAGUCGCGCGUCCCUUUUUUUUUUUUUGUUCCUUUAGAAAUUUGAUCUCGACGUGUGGUCGAGAAUACUUGGAAAUCUUAAGUCAAAAAUAAAUAUACUGAUGAUUAGGUAACUUCAUGAUAUGGCCUUGAUGGGUACCGCGUUAUUUCAUUUGUAAAUACGUUUUCAUUCUCCAAUCCCGUAUUUCCGGUCGUAGGAUUGUAAUCCCUCGAACAAAAGGACCCAAGUUGUUUACGACGGUUUGUACGUAAAUUCAUGCGUACCUAUCAAGAAAUUCAGGUUGCAUUUAAUCUUAAUCCUAUUCGUGUUUUCCCCUUUAUACAAGUACGUGUAUAUAUACUUGUUCAGUGAAUUAAGUCGCAAAGAAUUGUGAAAUUGUCAAGUAUAUAUUAUGUCCAGUUUGGCCAUGUAAUCUAGUGCUCAUUACCCGCCAUUUUUAGUAAAUAUACAUGUAUAUUAUAUAUCAUAAUUAUAAAGGCUUUAUUCAUAAUAACACAAAAUGAUGUCAGAUUGUUGCAAUGUAUGCUGAGACAAAGUUGAAUGAAGUUUUUGUAUACCGUAUAAACGUGUUUGUAAUUUUGUUUGUUUGUUUGUUUUUUGCUCAUCAUUAUGUUCAUUGUUAUGAAUAAAUUAUUUGUUACGUUGAAAUUUGAGCCGUA